GACUCCGGCUUGGCGCCGGCCUGGUUUUCCGUCACUGGUUCUGUAGUCUUGGUUCUCCGACUCCCUCUUUUUCUCGCUUGUGGACUCCGAUAUAUUGCCCUUCUUCCCUUAGAAGAACUGCUGAACCGACUCUGAGAAAUUUGGAACUCCCGAAAACUGAAGACCGCCGGGUCGCAGAAGGGGAGAAGAUGGGGCAGGGGCAGAAACCCUCAUCUUUCCUGAAGUAAAGAUACGCAAAACUUCAGACAUUUUCAUCCGGGAAGUAGGAGGCCGCAUUAAAAGAAGUAUUUGUGGAAGAUUUUGCAGCAUCAAGUGCUGAGUGUGAUAUUAGCUCUAAGUUUAUUUGUGGGCACAUAGAUGCUGUAUUAGGCUAUCGGAAUUUAUGUGGAAGAUGUGUAGAAGAUGAUGUUUUCUGAAAUAACUCGUUAAAUGUUUUGAGUCCUAAAUAAACCUGCUCAGUUUUUCGUUGGGUACACACUGCAUUCUCUAUUCAUUAAGUAUGUGGUGCUCCUCAAAACCGGCUUUGUCAUGAAUAAAUAGCAUAAAGGAAGCACUUAAUGUAGGCAUUUCAUACACUGUGCAGCCAACGUUAUUUUCUAAUAAUAGGAAAAGCCGAUUGUCAGGCUUGUACAGUGCCUUCAAAUUAAGUAAACCUUAUCAGAAUUUCUUCUCUGUUACUUCCUGGAAUCUAAUUGCCAUGUUUAGGUCUUCGCCUGGGCUUUCUCCGUAUUAUCUGCUGCACUACCUACCCAAGGACAUUUAGAGAAGACAUGCUGCUUUUUUUUUUUUUUUUUUUUUUUUUCUGUGACGGAGUCUCCCUCUGUCGCCCAGGCUGGAGUGCAGUGGCGCCAUCUCGGCUCACUGCAAGCUCCGCCUCCCGGGUUCUCCUGCCUCAGCCUCCCGAGUAGCUGGGACUACAGGCGACUGCCACCAUGCCCGGCUAAUUUUUUUUUUGUACUUUUAGUAGGGUCACCGUGUUAGCCAGAAAAGUCUCGAUCUCCUGACCUUGUGAUCUGCCCGCCUCUGCCUCCCAAAGUGCUGGGAUUACAGGCGUGAGCCACCGCGCUUUUUUUUUUUUUUAAGUAGAAGGCAUGGAACUUAAUUUUUUUUUUUAAGUUGGCAUCUCACUUUGGUGUUUCAAGUUGUUGUUGUUGUUGUUUUCCUUUUUCCUUUUUUGAUACAGGAUCUUGCCCUGUCGCUCAGGCUGGAGUGCCAUGGGGAGAUCAGGGCUCACUGCAGCCUACAUUUCCUGGACUCAAGGGAUCCUCCCUCCUCAGUCUCCCCAGUAGCUAGAACCAGAGGUGUGGCUGCCAUCCCCGGCUAAUUUUUGUAGAGACGGGGUCUCACCAUGUUGCCCAGGCUAGUCUCAAAUUCCUGAGCUCAAGUGAUCCACCCACCUCGGCCUUCCAAAGUGCUGAGAUUACAGGCGUGAGCCACCACGCCCAGCCCAAUGUUUUCAUUUUAUAAUAGAAUUUAUUGGUCAAGUAUUGUAUUACAUUUUUAUUUUAAAAAUAUUCUUUAGCUAUUUUUUGGAAAGUACAUUUUAUUGUAGAACACAUGCUAUAACCAAUCCACUGUUGUCAGCAAUAUGUUGGAAAUACAGCAGUUAACUUAAAACGUAUUACAAGUAGCCUUAGCGAUAUAAUCAGGAUUACCAUUUGAACCCGUUUUGGAAAUUACAGUCAUCUGGUCCUGUGCCCUUUUUACUUGCAGUUGUCCAACCAAAAUCUAGUACUUUGCUAUUCAAAAGUGUCUGGGUACCAGGAGCAUCAGCAUCUCAGGUCCUGCCCCAGGCUAUGGAAUUAGAGCCUGCAUUUGACAAAACCACCCACCCCCCAGGUGAUCUUUGUAAAACAUCUGGAGAAAAUGACCCAUUGGUUUCAUAGGAACCCAUUAAAAGCCACAGCUCCUGUGUCUUUUAAUUACUAUGGUGUAGUCACUGGCCCUUCUGCUUCAAAAAUAUGCAAUGACUUGAGGUCAUCCAGGGCACGACUCCUUGAACUGUUCACUGAUUUGAGCUGUAAUCCAGAAAUGCUGAAGAAUGCAGCAGAUUUGUAUUUCUCACUUUUACAAGGUUUCAUAAAUUCUUUGGAUGAAUCUACCCAAGAAAGCAAGUUACGAUAUAUUCAAAAUUUCAAGUGGACUGAUACAUUGCAAGGACAGGUUCCAAGUGCCCAGCAGGAUGCUGUUUUUGAAUUAAUUUCCAUGGGAUUUAAUGUGGCUUUAUGGUAUACCAAAUAUGCUUCAAGACUGGCUGGAAAAGAAAAUAUAACAGAAGAUGAAGCAAAAGAAGUUCAUCGAAGCCUAAAGAUUGCAGCUGGGAUUUUUAAACAUUUAAAGGAAAGUCAUAUCCCAAAACUCAUCACACCUGCAGAAAAAGGAAGAGAUUUAGAGUCACGACUCAUAGAAGCAUAUGUUAUUCAAUGUCAGGCUGAAGCUCAAGAAGUAACAAUUGCUCGAGCAAUUGAACUAAAACAUGCUCCUGGACUAAUUGCUGCACUGGCGUAUGAAACAGCCAAUUUCUAUCAAAAAGCUGAUCAUACUUUAUCCAGUUUGGAGCCUGCAUAUUCUGCCAAAUGGAGAAAAUAUCUUCACUUGAAGAUGUGUUUCUACACAGCUUAUGCUUACUGUUACCAUGGUGAGACUUUAUUGGCUAGUGAUAAAUGCGGUGAAGCAAUCAGGUCUCUCCAAGAAGCAGAAAAAUUGUAUGCAAAGGCAGAAGCACUGUGUAAAGAAUAUGGAGAAACCAAAGGACCUGGACCAACAGUCAAACCUUCAGGACAUCUGUUCUUUAGGAAACUUGGAAACCUUGUGAAGAACACCCUAGAAAAAUGUCAGAGAGAAAAUGGAUUUAUUUACUUUCAAAAAAUUCCAACAGAAGCCCCACAGCUGGAACUCAAAGCAAAUUAUGGUCUCGUAGAGCCUAUACCUUUCGAAUUUCCUCCUACAAGCGCUCAGUGGACACCAGAAACAUUGGCUGCAUUUGAUCUCACCAAAAGACCCAAGGAUGACAGUACUAAACCCAAACCAGAAGAAGAAGUGAAACCUGUGAAAGAACCAGACAUCAAACCUCAAAAGGACACUGGGUGCUACAUCUCCUAAAAUACUCCUAAAAUACAAUUUGCACUUAGAAUUUCUCUAGCAGUAGAUAAGAUAAACCACAGAAUUUCAGUUCUUAUUUCUCAAAAUGAUUUCUCUGAAGCUUGUAGAAUAACUAUUACAUUCAGAGGGUUAUCUGCCUUCAGCUUACUUGUUCUUGAUUUUUUAAACAGUGGAGAUGUUUCUUGCUUUGUUUUCAGACUCUCCUUUUUAAUCAGGACAACAUUUGAAAGAUUUUAUUGUGCCUCUAAAGGGUAUAUUUGGGGGUUGGAUCUUUUUGUUAAACUCUGGAUAGUAAUAAGUUUCAGGUCAGUAUAGGCCCAACUCAUGUGGUUUCAGGUAUGUUUUUCUUUUUUCUUUUUCUUUUCUUUUUUUUUUUUGAGGCGGAGUCUCCCUCUGUUGCCCAGGCUGGAGUGCAGUGGCACAAUCUCAGCUCACUGCAACCCUACACCUCCUGGAUUAAAGUGAUUCUCCUGCCUCAGCCUCCCGAGUAGCUGGGAUUACAGGCACGCACCACUACACCCAGAUAAUUUUUGUAUUUUUGUAUUUUUAAUAGAGACGUGAUUUCUCCAUGUUGGCCAGGCUGGUCUCGAACUCCUGACCUCAGCUGAUCUGCCCGCCUUGGCCUCCCAAAGUGCUGGGAUUACAGGUGUGAGCCACUGCACCUGGCCUCAGGUAUGUUUUUCUAUCUACACACAAAAAAUUUAUUUUCCUUCCUCUUAAUACCAGAAGAAUGACAGGAAUCAGUUUUUAACAGAGAUAGUUUUUCCAUUUCUCCAUUGUGUUAAUCAGAGCACAGACUUACAUUCUCAGUCAUUUAUCUUUUCUGGUGGGGAAUAAAAAGUCACUUAUAGUUAAAGAUCAGAAAAUUAUCACACCAAAUCGUUUACAUAUGUUAGAAUCAAUAAUUUACUCAAAAAUCAGUUUUUAUAGGUAUGUUGGCACCUUAUCCAAGAGCUUAUCCCUGUUCCAGUACCCCUGUGCUUCAUUCAGUAUCAGUAACCCUGCAAUGAUUUUUACAAAUAUCUUUUUCUAGUGGGUUUUUUACUUAGAGGAAAGAACGUUGUAAUAGCUCUUAAUGUUUAUAUAUAAGAGAAGACAGAAUGGAAAAUGUUUUUUGAAGUCAAGUAUUGCAUGAUGUAAAGGAAAAACUUUAAACUUGAGUGAGUAGGUUGUCCUGAAUUACAUUGAUAACUCUCUACUUCUUUAUUAAAGAAGAUAUGGUAAGAUGUCUUUGUUACCUGAUUUCAGUGUACAUUGUUUUUAUGUGGUUUUCUGAUAAUGUCCUGUCAGAAUUGUAUUGGUUUAGGCCAAAGGCCACAGCAAAAACAUAGAGAACACAUAUAGAUACAAUAUGAUCUUAAAAAUAGAUUGUAGCAUUUUAAACAGUUUAGUAAUUUGGGGAAUAGUGGAUGCAUAAUACUUUAACAGAAGUCACACAUCUGUAGGUUUAUCUUUUGAUUAUUCUCCUGGGGCAUUAGAUAAUUUUUCUAUUAUAAGUGACAGAUUGACUCACUUAAUACAAAUAAGUAGCAUACACUAAAAGCUUACUAUGUGCCAGAUACUGUGCUGGACACUUACAUAGAUAAGCCAUUGAAUCCACACAGCAGCCCUGUGAGAAAUAAGUAAAAUCUGCAUAAAGUGUUGAAAUAGGAAUAUACAUUUCAUUAUGAAAAAUGAAUAGAUUAUGCCUAUCUGAAUCAAUAUUGUAUUCAAAUAAGUGAUUACUUAAAUCAUAUAUCAUAGUUUACCCUCAAAAAAAGCUACAUAAAUUCAGUGAGGUUUUUUUCUUAACAUACAGAAGUACUAAAUACUGCUUGCAGUAUAAUAUUAACAUUGGAAGCUGCAGUUUCCAGAAUAAGUGGAGUAAUAACUAAACAGACAUUUAAUUUUAUUUCAAUAUCUAUGGAAAAAACACUUUAUUAAAUCUCCCUGUAUUUUAUGUUGUCUUUAUUACAGAAUCACUUGUCUGUUUGUUGUGUGCCACUUACAAAACUUUAAACAGUACUUGAUGCCAGCUCUUUCCUCUCUGGCUGUGGGACCUGUUUCUCUUAGGUACCUGUGCUUAUUAAUCUACUUACUAAAUUUUCACAUUGACAUUUUUGGGGAUGAUACUACCAUAUAUGAAAUGGAAAAUAUAAUAUGCUCAGUGCUUCUGUAAAAUGCAGCAAUACUGGUAUUACUUUACAUCAGUAGGCAUCUUUGACAUGAGCAUAUAAAUAUUUUGUUGACUCAGCAAAGGUGACACUUUGUGACUGAAAUAUCCCAUUAUAUAUAAUGUUUUUUGAAAUGUUGGAAAUUUUGGGGAAUUAUCAAAUGUAUAGAAGUUACAUAAAGGUUAUAGAAAGGUGUAACUAUUUGUUAACUAUUACAUGGAUUUCAUACUAGGCAGUGACAACUAACAUGUUACUUCAGCUAAAAGUGUAUAAUGGGUUGUCUUUUUAUUUAUGAAAAUAAAAUUAAUUUUACUUACAA